AUGGCGACCCCGACUUCCGACAUCGAAAAGGGCGAGAGUGCCGUUGCUACGGCUGUUCCGAUGACGGCAGUCACAUCGACCUCGACAUCGAUCGCGGGAAUUCCACCGCCACCCAACAGGCGACUCCCUAUUCUUGACACACUCCGCCGUAUCAAUAACUGGAUUGAAGGGUUAUCCGGCUUUGAAGCACGCGGCAUUACGCGCGUUCUCCCACAAGAACGAAAGCCAGCGUCGACGCUAGCUGACCUCCAAGUCUUCAUUCUCUGGUUCGGAGCCAACAUUUCCGCCAACAACAUGACGACGGGCCUCUUUGGCCCGCUGGUCUUUAACCUGGGAUUCAGAGACAGCGUCUUGUGCGCCAUCUUUGGCUGUUUUCUGGGCUGCGCGUCCACGGGAUACAUGGCCAUGUGGGGACCAUGCAGCGGGAACCGGACAAUGGUAGUGCUGCGGUUCUUCAUGGGUUACUGGCCGUCCAAGUUGCCGUGCUUUCUGAACAUUGUCCUCAUGGUGGGGUACAUCACGCUCAACAUGAUCAUUUCGGGCCAGAUCCUGUCAUCCGUGAGCGGAGGGGUCAUGUCCAUUUCCGUUGGCAUUAUUGUGGUCGCCUUCGUGUGUUGGAUCGUUGCCGUUUUCGGCAUGUUUAUCUUCCAUACCUACGAGAGGUACGCAUGGAUUCCCCAGAUUCUAGCCUUGUUCGUUUUGAUCGGCUGCGCUGGUCCGCACUUCGACUCGACGCUCCAAUCUACCGGUGAUGCGGCCACUCUUGCAGCCAACCGACUCUCCUUUCUCUCCCUGUGCUUCUAUGUACCCAACUCAUGGGCUGCCGCGGCUUCGGACUUUUACGUCUAUUAUCCCGAGACCACUUCUAAACUCAAGAUAUUCCUGCUGACGCUCUCCGGCCUCUUCUUCUCGUUUACGUUGGUCUAUCUCCUCGGGAUUGGACUCGGAUCAGGGGUCGCUUCCCGCACGACCUGGGCCGAGGCAUUCGCCAUCUCUCUGGGCUCUUUGAUUGUGGAGUCGUUCGAUGGCCUGGCCGGCUUUGGGAAGCUCUGCAGUGUGAUCAUCGCCUUGGGCAUCAUCGCCAAUAGCAUCCCAGGGGCUUACUCGGCCGCGCUGGGAGUCCAGGUUCUGGGACGGUACGGCAAAGCCGUGCCGCGAUGGGCGUGGACAUGUUUCGUUGUUAUUAUUGCCCUUGUUCUCGCUUUGGCAGGACGGGAUAACCUGCUCGUCAUUUUUGGCAACUUCCUUGCUCUGAUGGGAUACUGGGUUGAGAUCAUGAUUGUUAUUGUUAUCGAGGAGCACGUAUUGUUUCGAUGGAACCAUGAGUUUGACUGGUCAAUGUGGGAGAGGAAACAGUACCUGCCUGUCGGUAUCUCGGCCCUCAUCGCGUUUCUCCUGGGAUGGGUGGGUGCGAUUCUCGGCAUGUAUCAAGCAUGGUUGCGGAUUUGCUAUCGUGUCGUACCCGCCAAUGCGGUGGUGGGAACUGAAGAUCGUGGGCAGGUAGUUGCAAACUUGGACAUGGUUCACGACGCUGGGGGUUAA